AUGGUUUUAGAUAUAGAUCUUUUUCGCCCAGAAAAGGGCGGUGAUGUAGGGAAAAUGCGUAAAAAUCAGUCGAAUCGCUUCAAAGAUGUGAAGUUGAUUGAUCAAAUCGUGUCGAAAGACGGCGAAUGGCGCAAACUUCGCUUUCAGAUGGAUAACCUCAACAAGCAGCGUAAUUUAUGUAAUAAAGUGACAGGAGAAAAGUAUAAGAAGCAAGGAAACAAUAAGGCGAGUGAGAGUGCGCCGAACAAAGGUCGCGGGGAAGGUCCUCUUACCAAAUUCGGCGAUUUAAACACACUAGAGGGUUUGAAUGCUUUGAACACACAUUUGGAAAGUGCAAGUUACAUUUUGGGUUACUCUCCCUCUCAAGCAGAUGCUGACCUAUUCGAACUUCUGAAGUCCAAACCCCCGGAAAACUUUCCUCACGUUUUGCGUUGGUUUACUCAUAUUCAGAGUUACGGAAGUGAUAUAAAAUCGUUCCCCAAAACUUCAGACGAAACCUCAACAUCUCUUCCCAAAACACUCUUGGAGGGAAUCGAUGCUCUGACGGUAGAAGAUUUCAGAGCUCUCGAUUUAGAACAUCUUAAAAAACUGAGACAGGUUUAUGAUAAAGAGAUUGCAGCUAAAUUAGAAGCAAUGAAGGUUGUAGAGAAUGAAAGAUCUGAAGCUUUGAGAGAAGUGGGAAAUCUCUUGCACAAAUCAGUGCCAAUUAGUGAUGAUGAAGAUAAUAAUGUAGUUGAAAGAACCUUUGGAGACUGUUCACAAAAAAAGCUUUAUUCUCAUGUGGAUUUAAUUACAAUGAUAGGAGGUAUGGAUGCUGACAGAGGUGUUAGUGUUGCAGGAGGAAGAGCUUAUUUUUUGAAAGGCCCAGGUGUAUUUCUGCAGCAUGGACUAAUACAGUUGGCUCUACGCACUCUUCUUCAUAAGGGUUACAAACCACUAUAUACUCCUUUCUUCAUGAGGAAAGAAGUGAUGCAAGAAGUUGCACAGUUAUCUCAGUUUGAUGAGGAGCUUUACAAAGUUGUUGGGAAGGGCUCUGAAAAAACAGAUGCCAAAGAGAUUGAUGAAAAGUAUCUAAUUGCCACAUCAGAGCAGCCAAUUGCCGCAUUUCACCGUGACGAGUGGCUGUCAGAGCAAGAUCUACCCAUCCGGUAUGCCGGUCUCUCCACUUGUUUCAGACAAGAAGUUGGUGCCCACGGGCGUGACACCAGAGGUAUAUUCCGUGUUCACCAGUUUGAGAAGGUGGAACAAUUUUGUAUUACAUCACCUCAUGAUGAUAAAUCAUGGGCAAUGAUGGAUGAAAUGAUACAAAAUGCUGAAGAGUUUUGUCAGUCUCUGGAGAUACCAUACCGCAUUGUUAAUAUAGUCUCGGGUGCCCUUAAUCAUGCUGCUGCAAAGAAAUUAGAUCUAGAAGCUUGGUUCCCAGGCUCUGGAGCGUUUCGUGAACUUGUCUCAUGCAGCAAUUGCUUGGACUAUCAAGCUCGACGAUUGCGAGUACGAUUCGGCAAAACAAAGAAAAAGGACUCUUCUACAAUGUUUGUGCACAUGUUGAAUGCAACCAUGUGUGCUACUACACGUGUGAUAUGUGCCUUGUUGGAAGUUCAUCAAACAGAAACUGGAAUCAAAGUGCCAAAAGCUUUGAGAGAAUUCAUGCCUCUGAAAUAUCAAGAGGAAAUUCCUUUUGUGUGUCCUGCACCUAUUGAAAACCAGAAAAUAGAAAUGAAGAACAAAAAAUAA